AUGUUAGGAUCAGCACUUCUCUUGUUGGCCUCUGUUGGCACUGGACUUGCCCAGUCCGCCCUCACCUUGGACGAUCUCUAUCUUGAGAAUGCUCCAACUUCUCCGCGUCCCUACGUCAUUCCGCACUACGCAAACUCCCAUGCUGUCACCAUUGGCACCCAGCUGUACCGGUUCACCGUGACUGGUCCGUCGUCGGAUUAUGCCUUCACCUUGAUGAGCACCAAUUCUCCCUCUAGUUCAGCUCUGGGUGUUCUCCCGCACAUCCACGAGAAGCACUACGAGAACUUCUUCUCCUUCAAGGGCCGCUUCCAGCUCUGGGCUCAGAAGGAUGACGAUGAGCAACAGGCCCGUCUCCUAACCCAAGGAGACUACGGCUCCGUCCCCCGAAACACAACCCACACCUUCCAGAUCCUCGACCCUGACACCGAGAUGGUCGGCGUUAUUGUCCCCGGUGGAUUCGAGGAUCUCUUCUACUACCUCGGCACAAACUACACCUCCGGAACAGACACACCCUACGUUCCCCAGAGCUCGAACUCAAGCUCCUCGAGCUCUACCCCCUCGGCCAGCGUUAUGGCCACCCUUAAGACUUUCGACGUCUACGCCCAAACCGACUUCGAGCCUCGCUAUGAUCUUGUAAAUGGCACUGCCCCAACUGACAGCACAUGGCACACCGGAUCCAAUGAGCUCGGCACCCCAGGUGACCCGUACUUCCUUGCAAAUGGAUACGGACCUAAGUACCUCAGCUCUAAGUACGGGUACCAGGUUAUCCAGCCCCUUGUUACAUCCAAGCAAGCCCAGGAUACGAACUACACCCUGUCCACUAUCUCGCUUAGUCGGCAAACAAAGAACAGCCCGCCGAGCUAUACCCUUUCGGGCGCUGCGGCAUUUGAGGUGCUUGAGGGUGUUCUUUCUAUUACUAUUGGUGACUACCCGCUUGCUACAUUGAACAUGGGUGAUGUUGCUUUCAUACCCGCUGGAACUGAGUUCACUUAUUACAGCACUGUUGCCUUUACUAAGGUGCUGUAUGUUAGCAGUGGCCAUGAUGGUGUGGAUGCGCAGCUUAUCCAGGGAGGUAAGAGCUGGGACUUCGUUACUUUCCCUAAGUACUAG